UAUACAUAUAUAUAUAUAUAUAUAGUCCUCUAAGAAAGUUUUCAAAGCAAUAAUAUAUAUUGAAUAUAUAAUGGAGUUGGAGUUCGAUUUAACACCAAAGUUUAGCCAAAAGAUAACAGAGGGAGAAGGAGGAGAAUACAACAGUUGGUCGAGUACGGAGUUGCCAUUGCUCUCUGAGACCAAAGUUGGUGCCGGAAGGCUUGUUCUGCACCCUCGUGGCUUUGCUCUUCCUCACUAUGCAGACUCUGCCAAACUCGGCUUUGUUCUUCAAGGCUGUGACGGAGUAGUGGGAAUGGUAUUAGCUAAUGACUCAAAGGAAGUGGUGUUGAAGCUGAAGAAAGGAGACUUAGUACCAGUACCACUAGGAGCAGUGUCAUGGUGGUUCAACGAUGGAGAUUCUGACCUUGACAUCGUAUUCCUUGGAGACACCUCAAAGGCUCAUUUCCCUGGCAAUAUCACUUACUUCUUCGUAGCCGGGGCUGUCUCCAUGUUGGGAGGAUUCUCGACUGAUUUUGUCAAGAAAGCCUUUGGUUUGGACACUGACGAAGAAGCUAACAAACUUGUCAAAUCCCAAACUGGGGUUUUGGUCAUCAAGCUAGAUGACACAAAAACCUUGCCAAAACCAAAACCAAAGCCCGGCUUGGUUUAUGACUUGGAGUGUUCGAAAAGAGGUGGGUUUUGGAGUAAGGUGACCAAGUCCCAAUUUCCUUUCUUGGGAGAGGUUGGGUUGAGUGCAAACCACAUAAGACUUGAGGCCAAUGCCAUGACCUCGCCAGUUUACACAUGUGAUUCGUCUACUCAAGUGAUUUAUGUGGUUAAUGGAGGUGGGAAGAUCCAAGUUGUGGGUUUCAAUGGUAAGCUUGUGUUGGACACUCAAGUCAAGACUGGUCACUUGGUCGUUGUGCCAAAGUUUUUUGUCGUUUCUAAGAUGGCUGGUGAAGAAGGAAUGGAGUGCAUCUCCAUCAUAACAAGUGCAGAGCCAGUGGUACAAAAUUUAGCUGGCACGACAUCGGUAUUGGAGGCACUGUCAUCUGAGGUGUUACAAACCUCGUUUAAUGUCACUCCAGACUUCGAACAACAUUUGACUUCGAAGAUGAGAAGCAGCUCCAUUAUCUCUCCCCCAAAAUAAUUUGUGAUAUUUCUGGGUUUUCGUCGCUACUGUUGGCAUAAGUUAUUAAUGAAUAAAUCUGUACCAAAUGAGUUUAAAAUUAUCUGAUGAGUAAGAGUGUUAAAAGACAUAUGAUAUUAAAUAUAUAUAAUAAAAUAAUGAUUUUAUCUAA